AUGGACGACGCGACUCUACCCCCGAUGCCUCCACCCCGCUCUCCCUCACCAACUCUCCCUGAACAUAUUCCUCAACCUAGCUCUGAAUCUCACUCCCGGAGCCUACUCGAAGUAGAAAAGGAACGCCCGAAUUAUUCAGACAACAACGGGGAGUUAGAGCCCGCCAAUUCCUCACACGACGUUCCCCUCAAGGAAGAGGCCCCUGAUAAUGAAGGGAAAUUGGAAGGCGGGAAGCAGAAAAGGAAACGAACCAGCCCCGAAGACCAAGCAUUUCUCGAAGCCCAGUACAAGGAAAACCCCAAACCAAACAAAGCAGCGCGCGCAGAAAUCGUAAAAAGUGUUAGAUUGAACGAGAAGGAAGUUCAGAUAUGGUUCCAAAAUCGUCGCCAAAUCAAUCGAAGAAAGUCGCGUCCCCUUCUCCCACAUGAGAUUGCAGCCUUUGGUCUUGGCUUGAAUCCCUUGUCUUCUGAUCCUGCAUCCAUAGUCAACUAUAGUAGCAGCCAGGAAACAGAUGAGCAAGCUGAAUCAUUACUGCAAAACGAGGCCCUAAGAACACUUGAUAAUGAGGAGGAAUCUCGAAUUCCACAGGCCGUUGAGCUGUCAGCACCCGAAAUGACAUCUACAAUCAAAUCUCCAGAGAAAGCGGCGGAAAGUACUCAAAGGCUUCCAGUAAAGACCGAACCCAGUUCUCUGAUCUCAGAGACACCCAGCAAGGAAACUCGCUCCCAAUCGGUUUCGAAAGCCCUAUCCCAAUCAUUUUCCGCUACACCUGGAUAUCUGGCCAACCGUUGGAAUAAUGUGAACCCAUUCUCAACCCCUGUUGCUGCUCACAGUGCCAUGUUCACAACUCCCACCAUUUCUCGACAAAUCUUCCCAUCGUCUUGCCCUGAAAGAAUCACAACAGAUACUACCCCAUCUGCUACAUCUCGAGUGCGUCUUUCAACUGGUCUGGAUGGUAGAGCAGAGUUAGUCGAAGGAGAAAUCACCCCUCCCCGCCCACAUGCCGAACGGCCUACAUCGUCAUUAUCCAGCGUCAUUCCGCUAAAGCGAAUGCGAAGCUUAUAUCGCAGCCAUAGUGCCCUACCUCUGGGAUCUUCAUCCUUCAAUGGCCCUUUCACGCCUCGUCUACUAAGUGGCCGCUCGCGUGAUGCACGGACUUGGGAAUUCUGUGCCGAAGGAGAGCCUCGUGACGAACUGACCACUCAGGCGGAAAAUGAGUCCAGUGGCUCAGCAAUCGCAGCUAUUAGUCUUAUCCGCUCGACAAGCAGCAGUGCUUUAAAACCCAAUCCUAAUAAACGAAACACACCAUCUCGACCGAAUCUGCAAGGGAAAAGACCUAAAAUGGGACGCGCAUCCUCAAGUGUUGCGAGGAUGCAGAGUGGUGUUAAAAAGGCGGGACAACCGAUUAGUGAUAAAGAUCCGUUGAUGAGAUCUCCAUCAGGAGACUCGGACAAGGAGAAUUGGAUCCCGUCUCAAAAUAGCGUAAACCCACGCCGCCGACCUGCUCAUAUCCAAAAGGAGAGUGACAGAGAACCGAAAGGAAUUCUUCAAGACAAUCCUAGUAUCCCUACUCACGCAGAAUUUGGCGUCAAUAAAAAUAAGCGAAGAAAGAGCGCUCAUUCUGAGCCCCAGGUUUAUGAGGAUGCAGAAGCUAGUACAAAGAACACCAAAGCUCCCGAUGAUGAUGUUCAACAAUUUAUGCAAGCUCCGGUGAGCCCGAGCAAGAAGGACGAUGUUGAUUGUAUACAAGGGCUUCUAUCAUUGAGUCAGGGGAAUUGGCGAUAA